CCUUCCGCAGCCAUUUGCACGUUUUGCUUUUCAUCCACAAAUAUUCCCAUUCCUAAUAUUGCAAAAUGGAAGGGGAGUCCAGCGAUAUAAUGAACGAGGUUGAUGAACUUUUACGAAAGCUGGACAAUCUCCCAGAUGGCGUGCGACUUCAGGCUCUUAAAAGACUCUCGGAGAAGAUUGUUAAAAAUGAACCGGCCAGAGAGAAUGAUGGCGACACCCCCCCAGAGGAACAGGGACCUCAAGAAAAAGAAAAAUUGGAGGGGAAGGAAGUGACAGCAAAGACAGUAAAUGGGAAGAAAACAAAUGUGACUGAUGAAUCCAAGAAACCAGGCAAGAGGAAAGAAAGAACGUCAUCUGAAGUCGUUAUUUUGUCAGGUAGAAGGAGACAGACAAAGAAAGUAGACUACAGACAGCUUUCCGAAUAUGGCUUAGAUGAUAAGGCACCUGAGGAGGAUUCUGAGCAGGUGGAAAGCAGACAACAGGACUCUUUCCCUGUAAAGCGAGGGAGGGGACGACCUAGAAAGCACCCCCCUCUGGGUCCACGUCUCCCCUCUCUGACCAACUCUGGGUUUGAGGUCACGUCCUCGGUGAUUUCGACAGAGCAAGGAACAUGCGAUGAAGCAGCUGAUCCUGUUGGUUCUGUUGCUUCUCUUGGUGCCAAUGGUUCUGUAGAUUCUACACUUACCGACGAGACUAAGGAUGAUAAAGGAAAUGUUGGGAUGAAUAUGCAAUAUAAUGCCUUAGACCUCCUUGAAAGCUGUCUAAAGGAGAGUGGGAUAAAAGCAGGCGAUGCAGAAAAACAUGUUAGGAGACUUGUAGAACACGAGAAAAAGGAGAAGAUGCUAAAAGCUUUAGGGUUCCUGAAAGUGGAGGCAGAGGAGGAAGAGGAUGGGGAGGAAGUCAAGGAGAAGGAAAAAGUGUAUGUGUGCGACUCACUGGAAUCCAUUAACAAAGUUCCACGGAAGAAAACCAUAAAAGCACCACAUAAAUGCGAGAUCUGUGGAAAGAUGUACUCCACUUUGUCAAUAUUAAAAGCACACCAAGUCCGCCAUAGGAAAAAAGAGGAUCUGCCGUUUGCUUGUGAGAGUUGCGACUUCCGUGCUGCAUCGAAAAUCGAGCUUUUUAGACAUGCAUACAAACACACCAGCAAACAGAUGUACAUUUGUGAAAUUUGUGGUAGCACUUUCUCUAGGGACACCUGCCUGCGCGAGCAUAUCGAGUAUGUGCAUGUAAAGGCUAACAAGUUAAAAUGUGCACAGUGUGAUUUUGUGACCUGCCGACGUGCUUCAAUGCGCAACCACAUACUCACCCACCAAGGAACGCGACCUGUGAUUGCCUGCCCUGUGUGUGGAGUGACAUUCAAGUUGAAGUCUAACUUAAAGUCACAUCUCCUUUCGCAUACAAGAGCCAAGCCAUUUACAUGUGAGGAGUGUGGCAAGAAAUUUAUCAUGCGGAAUCGGCUAAUGGCGCACAAACUCCAAGUCCACGGACCGCGGCAAUAUGCUUGUCCCCACUGCACAAAGAGAUUUCCAACAGUACAUCACCUUCAGAGACACGUCAGAAUUCACACUGGAGAAAAACCAUAUACGUGCUGUUAUUGUGCCUUUUCCUGUAACACACAAGGGAACCUUAUCAAGCACAUUAGACAUGUACACGACAAAAUCAACUUCACCUAUAAGGACUUCUUACGAGAGAGCGGCAAAGAAAAGGAGGAGCAGAAAGUGGAUGAUGUAGAAUACGAGAAAAUCACCAAAGUAGGCGAGGAGCUGGCGCAGAGGCUGUUGCCGACCCUAGAGGAAUGGACAGGGCAAGAGUUGACAGUGGAUCAGUUGAAGGAACAACUGCAGAAGGAGAAGAAUUCCAAGGUGGCAGCGUUGCAAGAGCAGCAGGCAAGGCGGAAGAGGCGAGCCCUUAGGAAGGCCGGCACUGGCACCAGCACCAGCAGUGCCUCCUCCAAGACGUCCUCUUAUUUCGCAGAUGCACAGGGCAAGAUCACCCUGUACAGCGUGCCAAACUUAGAGGAGAAUUCCCCCAUGGAAGAUCCCAUAGAUGACCCUAUGGUGGUGGAGAAUGGCUUGGGAGGAUUCGGGGACAACCAGUGCUGGCUGACACACACGGAUGAGAAUGGAUGUGUGAUGCUGAUUCCAUGGGAUGCUUCCCUGCUGGGGGACAGUGAGGAGGGUGAGGAGGAGGGUGAGUGGACGCGGGACUUGCAGGCUGAUAAGAUCAUCAAGAAUUCCACAAAUGGAACGGGAACCAACAUCCUUACUGUAAAGGUCCCUGUUGAGGAGAUGAAAAUCUCAAAUAUCCCAGAGUCUAAAGGAGGGGCAGAGGUUGAGCUCCCUCUGGGAGCCGGGAAGAGUGGUGAUAAAUGCAUGAAUGAUAUCCAAAGCUCAAAUGACAUUGUGCAAGUGAGAGAUUUAAGUGAAAUGGUUGGCAGACUAGAUGCCUUGGAUGUGAAAAUCACCAUAGGAUCUACUGUGAACAGUAACAUCUCAUCACAAAAGAAGGUUGGAGGAAAGCCGUUGCCUGAAUCCAUCCAGGUCAUCGCCUCCAAUGAGCCCGUGGAUGACACAGUGCCAAAUGCCUCAAAUUUUGUGCUUCCAGAAGGAUAUAUUGUUGACGAUGAUGGUCAGGUUAUCCAGUUCACAGACAAUGUUCUAGACCCGAACCUUCUCCUCCGGCCUGUUGGGCAGGUCAUAGGAGGGUCACAUGAGCCCGAGGUCACCAUCAAUAAGAUCUCCAGUAAUGUGUACUCCCUCAUGAGCCAGGGGAGCAACGGUGAAGAGGGAGAAACCUUUGUGAUCACAACUCAAGAAGGCGAAGAAGAUGAUGAAGAGGAAGAUGAAGAAGAGGAAGAAUGUGAAGCCAGAGAACCAGACCUAAAAGUUAAGUGCCUUGGCCAGGUCACGAAACACCUGGACAGUCCCGUUGGCAAGGUCGACCUCCUCCCAGCUGAGGAUGAGGACGAGGAGAGGCAGUCGGCUCUGGUGCUCAUUGUCAAUGCAGAAGAUUUAGAGAACACAGGAUGAGUUUGAAGCCAUGAUUCUUUAGGCUAAUAUCGUUUAGAAACUUGAGACUUGUUAUCCCUGCAGGAGACUAGUCAGAAAAAUAUUAGGAAAAUAAGAUAUAUAUAGUCUCAAAAAAAUGAAAAAGUAUUUUGAAGGUGUCAGUGGAAUGCAUAACUUUUGUUAUCAUUGUUAAUGUACAAAAAAUGACCCCAAGACAACACACUUUACGUACCAGCCCAGACACAAGCAAUCCAGUUCAGUUUUACAAAAGUGAUUCUUGUGAACCAUAUGGAAUAAAACUGUAGAGUUGUUUAUCUGGGACAGCAUAUGACAAAAAAAUAAAGCAGUGUGUCACCUUUUAUAUUUCUUUUUUUUCGGGCUGUUAUCAGUGUGUUUGUUAUUCAUUUUUUGAAUUAUAUGAAUUUUAUACACCUUCACCUUCUGCUCAUAUCUAUUCAAGAUUUUUUUCCAUUUAAAGUUUUUAAAUACUUGCGUACAAUCCAGAAAGAUGUUACGUGGGAUCUGCAUAUUGUUUCAAUGGUGAAUUUAAAAUGAAUUACUAUGAAUUCAAGGUACUGAAUUUUCAUAUUAUUUAACACCAAUGUCACUUGAUAAAUUACCAUGAAAAGAAUUAUUUCUAGGUACUAUAGGGAUAAGUAAGUCACUAAUGACCUGUGAUAUAAAGUGAUUAAUAUUGAUUUCAGUUAAUUUUUCAUUUCUUUCCCUAAUAUAUUGUGAUUGAAACAUAGAAUAGACUUUAUAAGACGAACCAAAAGAUUUUUAAAAUAAAUAUUUGAAAUG